AUGGUAAGUAAGAACCUUGGAGUCACCCUGGACCCCUGCCUCUCUUAUUCCCAGCACAUCUCCACUCUGGCACGCACUUGCAGAUUCUUCCUGAGCAACAUCCGAAGAAUCCGACCCUUCCUCACCAACUAUGCUACCCAGCUCCUGGUCCAGGCCCUGGUACUCUCCCGCCUAGACUACUGCAACUCCCUCCUGGCUGGCCUCCCUGCAUCCGCCACCCGUCCGCUCCAGCUCAUCCAGAACUCUGCUGCUCGCCUGGUGUUCUCUCUACCUCGCUUCGCCCACGCUACUCCACUACUCCGCUCGCUCCACUGGCUCCCGAUCACCGCUCGCAUCCAGUUCAAGACUCUUGUACUAGCCUACAGAUGCCUUGAUCAGACUGCACCCAGCUACCUCCAGACCCUCAUCUCUCCCUACACCCCCACUCGACCUCUCCGCUCCGCCUGCACUAGAAGACUGGCUCUACCUCCGCUACGCUCCCCUGCCUCCCGAGCCCGCUCCUUCUCCACCCUUGCUCCGCAGUGGUGGAACGACCUUCCUACAGAUGUCAGGACUGCCCAGUCCCUGACCACAUUCCGGCGCCUCCUUAAGACUCACCUCUUCAAACAGCACCUGUAGAACUCCUCUGUUGUAUCCUGGGACACUAUCACCCUUCAUUUAAAUAUGCUUUAUUUUGCUCUUAUCUGCCCCCUAUUUUACUGCAUUUAAUCCUGUACCUCAGAAUAUUGUAAUCUGCCAAGUGUUUAAUCUGUAGUAUUUUGUACUUAAUCAUAUCCUGAUGUAUCCUUUCACUAUUAUCUGCUGUAUUAUUGAAUUGUGGUUUGUCACACUUGAGAAUUAUUGUAUUUCUUGUUCUUAUUGUAUGACUUAUAUUGUAACACUUGAAUGUAUUUGUAUUUGCUUGCGAUUGUAAGUC